AUGCAAUUUCAAACUGGUGAGCAAGUUCUUCUAAAAGUGUCACCCAUGAAAGGGGUGAUGAGAUUCGGCAUGAAAGGCAAGCUUAGUCCUCGAUACAUCGGGCCAUUUGAAAUUCUUGACUAUGUAGGGACAGUGGCUUAUAGGUUGGAUUUACCGCCUAGCCUAUCUGGAGUACAUCCAGUGUUACAUGUGUCCAUCUUAAAGAAGUAUCAUAUAGAUGGAGAUUACAUCAUAAAGUGGGACUCAGCUUUGUUAGUCAAGGACCUUCAGUUUGAGGAGGAAUCAGUUGUAAUUCUUGAUUGCGAUGUCUGGAACCUGAGGACCAAAGAGAUAAAGUCUGUGAAAGUUCAAAGGAAGCAUCGUUCGGUUGAGAAAGCUACGUGGGAAACCGAUAAGUACAUGCGGGACAAGUAUCCUAGUUGUUCAACGAUUCAGAGCUUGGAACUCAAAUUCCCAGCUUUUGUCUCCGUGCAAGUCAUCGGGGUAGGAUAA